AAAGAUGAAGAAUAUUUUAUUGUCAUACUGUCAUAUUGCUAGACAUAUACAGGUGUUAGACAUGAGGCGCAUCAAACGCACGGCUAGGCGAUCGAUAGGUCCUAUGACUGAUGCGGGACCUAGCCAGCCUCAAGUGACCUAGGCUACAAUGGGUCCCUCUAGUGGGUGCGAUAAAAAAGAGAGGCCACACACGAUGCCUCGAAGUUUGGAAGAUGCGUGAAGGACAACGCAUUACUAUUCCCAUCAACACUAAAGGACAACCCGUUGGUGACAAUGUUAACAAGUUGACAAACUUCCUAGGGACUAUGGCACGCAAUGGGGAAUAUGCACCCCUUACAUUUACUGAUUGGAGGGCAAUGCCGAAUGAGAAGAAGGAUGAUAUGUUAGGACUUGUUAUGUCCAAGUUUGAGUUUAACGCGGAUGCAAAGAAGUGGGUGUUACAAUCAAUUGGUAGAAAAUGGAAGAAUUGGAAAGGUGAAUUGAAAAAACUCUACUAUUCUCCUCAUGAGACUGACGAGGAGCGGCUUGCGAACCUUGAUGAGCGGGUCAAAGAGGAUCAGUGGAAGGCACUCAUUCAGUUUUGGAACUCUAAAGAAGGGAAGGCUCGUAGUAAGACAAGUUUAGAGAAUCGAAAAAGACAAUUAAUCGGCCACGCUGCAGUCUCAAAGAGCUUUGCAUGGAUACGUGAGAAAGAGAGGAAGAAAACGGCUAGUGGCGAGGAUCCAAGCCAGGCAGAUGUGUUUAUAUUGACCCAUACGUGCAAGAGUGGUAGGCCUGUGGAUGAGGCUUCAUUAAGAGUAAUGGUAUAUCCAUGCAUCUAA